CUUUCUCAAAAGGUUUCCUUAUAACACCAGCGGAGAGGGCUUCCAGAUCUGCUGACAACAUUACCUAUAGCUCUUGAAGAGCACCAGCACACAAUGUCUCAACCCCUCACCCGCCGCGGCCCUCUUCAGCCCCACCCUUCACAAGCGUCGACCUUUACUUCAAAAGUUACCGUCGAAUCUGAAGCUGAUGCACGUUUGAGAGAUCACCAUUCCGGGCGCACAGCCCAGAAAACUGCGUUUGGCGGGAAGAGAGGCUCUGCAGCGGUAGGACGGAUUGGAAAGAGGGAGUGGACGAUGAUCGGGGGGAUGGUCGUAGUCGCGCUUUAUGUGAGACUGUACAAGCUUGGCAGGCCGAGCAGUGUCGUCUUUGAUGAAGUGCAUUUCGGAGGUUUUGCCAUGAAGUAUAUCCGGCGCAAGUUCUUCAUGGACGUGCACCCUCCACUGGCAAAACUCUUGGUCACUUUGAGCGCGUGGAUCGGUGGAUUCGACGGGAAGUUUGAUUUCAAAGAUAUUGGAAAGGAUUAUCUUGAACCCGGCGUUCCCUAUAUUACCAUGAGAUUCUUUCCGGCCGCCCUCGGUAUCGCUCUCAUCCCUCUCGCCUUCCUUACUCUUCUCGCUCUUCGUCUUUCACACACUUCUGCACUUCUAGGUGCCCUUCUUGUCACAUUUGAUAACGCCCUCAUCACUCAAUCCCGACUCAUCCUCCUAGACUCCUUCCUCGUCUUUUUCACCGGUCUUACUACCCUUUUCUGGGUUCGCUUCUCCAAUGAUGAUUCUGAAGGCCGAGCGUUCACUAAGCCAUGGUGGAUAAAUUUGCUUUGUACCGGCCUCAGUCUUGGUGCUGUCGUCUCGUGUAAAUGGGUCGGCCUGUUCACUAUUGCCAUGAUCGGCGUCGGAACCCUUCGUCAGCUCUGGCUUCUCCUCGGUAAUCUCAAGGUUACCCCCAGGCAGUACAUCAGACACUUUGCGGCUCGUACGCUGUGCUUGAUUGUGGUACCCUUGACUUUCUAUAUGCUAAUGUUUAGGAUUCAUUUCUGGAUCUUGAACGAAAGCGGAGAUGGAGAUGGGUUUAUGAGCUCGGAGUUCCAGCAUACUUUGCAGGGUCAUGGCAUGGCUGACACUUUUGCUGAUGUUGGUUUUGGUUCAAAGGUGUCCAUCCGACAUGUUAACACCCAGGGUGGUUACCUCCAUUCACACCCUCACCCUUAUCCCGGGGGCUCUAAGCAGCAACAAAUCACUCUCUACCCCCACCGAGACGACAACAACGUUUGGCGAAUCGUUAACGCUUCUGCCCCCGACGGACCGGCCUCUUAUCCCUGGGACGAACUUCCCUUUGAAUAUGUUCUCACCGGCACCAAGAUUCGUCUCGAGCAUGUCACGACCGAAAAGCGCCUUCACUCCCACGACAUUCGACCGCCUGUCAGCGAGGUUGAUUUCCAAAAUGAAGUUUCUGGCUACGGUUUCCCCGGCUUUGCUGGUGAUGCCAAUGAUGAUUUCAUUGUGGAAAUCACCAAGCGCACAAGAGGAAAGAAUGAUAAGCAAGCUAAACACAGGCUCAAGACUCUCCGCAGCGAGUUUAGGCUGAGGCACGCUUUGUCUGGAUGCUACUUGUUCUCGCACAAAGUCAAAUUGCCUGACUGGGGUUACGAACAGCAAGAGGUGACUUGUAACAAGAACCCUACUUGGGAAAACUCUUUGUGGUACAUUGAGACCAAUCAGCAUGUUCAAUUGCCCAUCGACGCUGAGCGAGUUAAUUAUGAGAAACCCAGCUUCUUUGAAAAGUUUUUCGAGCUCAACGCUGUUAUGUGGAGGACCAACGCCGGUUUGACUGAGAGACAUGCUUAUGACUCUCGACCUCAACAUUGGCCUUGGCUCAGGCGUGGUAUUAACUUCUGGGUCAAGGACCACAGGCAAGUUUACCUCAUCGGUAACCCCGUGGUAUGGUGGUCUAGUACUGCCGCUAUCGUUGCUUAUCUCGCCGUGAGAGGGUUCUUGGUUUUACGCGCCCAGAGGGGUUACAGAGACUUGCAUCAACCCAAGCUCGCAUUUUACGACGAUAUUUGUGCUUUCUGCGUCAUCGGCUGGGCACUCCAUUAUUUCCCCUUCUAUCUUAUGCAACGUCAGCUUUUCUUGCACCAUUACCUUCCCGCACUUUACUUUGCCAUCCUUCUUUUCUGCACCGUCUUCGACUAUGCCACAUCUGCGCUCAAACCAAAGAUUAGGACAAACAUUGCUAUUGUGAUUUUGAUCCUUGCACUUUGGAGCUGGAACCAUUGGAGUAGCUUGGCGUAUGCUGGGGAGUGGACUAAGGGCGCUUGUGAGAAUGGCAAGUGGUUGAGGACCUGGGAUUUCUCUUGUAACGACUUUUACGAAAACACUAGCAUGUACAACUCCCAAUCCGCCAUUUCCAGCGAAAAAAUCGCUCCUACCGAUCUCGGCCCCGACUCAGCCACCACUACACUCAUCGAAGAAGUUCCAGAACCUAUCCAAAACGUCUUCCAGCAAGAUCCCCCUCCUGAGGAAAAGACAGUUGCACCCGUGGGCCCCGCGCCGGAAGUUCAGAUGGAAGAGUCUUCAGCGGUUUUCAUUCCUAAGGGAGAAGAGGCGCCACUCGCUGAGGAUCUGAGAGCGCCAGUAGGAAAUGAUGCGGGUGAUCCGGCGGUGACGGAUGGGGAGGAUGACGGUGGUUGGCACGGAGGCGCAGAGGAGGGACAACAUCGACAAGAAAAGGACGAAGUGAAGAUAAAGGAAGGUAAGGCGCCUGUGGGUGCCAAGGUUGACAUUCCUGAUAUGGGAUUGGAUGAGGAACAAAAGUUGUUGGUAGAUCAAAUUAUGGAUGAGCAGGAAUAAGCUAGAGACGCCAUUAUUUGAUGCAGAGUCCGUGAAUGUCUUGUCCGAAGAUUGCUUACUGGGAGAUGUAUGCAUUACACAGUGG